UGCUCGAUACUGUUAAUUUAGGCUAAACCUCGCUCUACUGAAUGGCACCGGAAGCUUUGCGAGAUACAUGAAAGCAAGAGAGUAUUAACGAUCAAACAGUGUUCACAAGGACAACCUGUAGUUUGAAGACUCCGGACUGUUUUCCUCGAGAGUAAUGCUUCACAAGAUAUUCCUGCUCCUGAUUCUGACUGCCGCGUCGGCCUGCUUCCCCCUCUUGUCCUGGCUCAGAGGAAGCUCAGAGGAUAAUGGAUUUGAUAACAAAUAUUAUUUUGAUUGCCAAAGCAAUUGCUACCGCGAACAUAUGAGGAUAAAUGAGCAAGAACAGUAUGAAAAAUGCCUGAAUAAGUGUACAAAAAACGCUAAGCAGUAA